GUGCUAGCGGCUGGUCGCGGCUGCUCCGUCCAACUUCAGGCUCCACACUCGGCGUCUGUCGCCUUCCAAACGAACGUUAGCUUCAGGUAGCGCCUGUAAACACCCCCGCUAGCUCUGCCCGGCGUGUGUCGCAGGAGGCAGCAGGAAGGCAAGGCAGGAGUCCGGCCUGUCAGGCUGCUAGCAGCCGGUUUGUUUGGGCUUUACGCUUCUGUUCGUGUGUCCAAACCACGUCUGAAUUCGCGGAAACUAACCUAAAACUGCUGCUUUCUAGUGUAGUUUAAACCCCGGAGUCGCGUUUAAAGCCUCCCCAAAUGAGUCCUGCUUUCUGUUUGUGAUGUUGUGUUGGACACCUGCAGGCGCGACUACACACUGGACACUUGCUGCACACUGGAGACGCCAUGGCUGAGGCCGACGGAAGCUCAGCAGCUGUGAACGGAGGCUCAGAAGAGAAGGACCCGGGCGAGGAGCAGCAGACAGGGGAGGACGCCUCUGGGAGCCACGCUGACGACCAACAGUCUCCUCAGGAGGCUCCUGAGGAGGCAGGGGAACCCGCUGAAGACGGGGUGGUUCCAGAGUCGGAGGGAGAGAUCGGUGAGGAGGAGGAGGACAGUGACAGCAUGGACGGCCUCUUCUCCCUGACUGAGGACGGCGACAGGGAGAGUGAGGAGGGAAGACGAGAGCGGCAGACCAGAGAGGGCGGGCGGCGAGCGGCCAGAAAGCGGAACAGACCUUGCAGCGGCAACAACCGCUCCUCCAGCUCAGACGAGGAGGACGAAGACGAGGAUGACGAGGAUGAAGACGAACACAAGGACGAAGAAGACGACGAGGCGAUGGAGGCGUGGCUGGGAGCCGAGCUGCGGGACCUGCGCGGGCCCACAUGGCGCGCCGUGCCCUCGCUGCGCUCCAGAGAGAUCGGCAGGGACUCGCGUCAGUUUGUGCGGCGGGUCUGCGGGGCCCGGGGCCUGGUGCAGCGGCUGGACCUGCAGGGCCGCCUGGAGAGACACUCGGGCUGCGUCAACACUUUGCACUUCAACCCCUCGGGCACCCGCCUGGCGUCCGGCAGCGACGACCUGCGCGUGGUGAUCUGGGACUGGGCCAUUCGACGAGCGGAGCUGGAGUUCGACAGCGGCCACAAGAGCAACGUCUUUCAGGCCAAGUUCCUGCCUCACAGUGGCGACGCCACGCUGGCCAUGUGCGCCAGGGACGGCCAGAUCCGAGUGGCCGAGCUCUCCGCCACGCAGCGCUGCAAGAACACCAAGCGGGUGGCGCAGCACAAAGGUGCCGCUCACAAGCUGGCCCUGGAGCCCGACUCGCCGUGCUCCUUUCUGUCGGCGGGGGAGGACGCCGUGGUGUUCGGGAUCGACCUGCGUCAGGACAGACCUGCCAAUAAACUGGUGGUGGUCAAGGAGGGCGAUAAGAAAGUGGGACUGUACACCAUAUACGUGAACCCUGCCAAGAGCAACCACUUUGCCGUGGGCGGAAGGGAUCAGUACGUCAGGAUUUACGACCAGAGGAAAAUCAACGAGAACGACAACAACGGCGUCCUGAAGAAGUUCUGUCCGUCUCACCUGGUGUCCAGCGAGUCCAAGACCAACAUCACCUGCCUGGUGUACAGCCACGACGGCUCAGAGCUGCUGGCCAGUUACAACGACGAGGACAUUUACCUCUUCGACUCGGACCACAGCGACGGCGCCGACUACAGCAGGAGAUACAAGGGACACCGCAACAACGCCACCGUGAAAGGAGUGAACUUCUACGGCCCCAGCAGCGAGUUUGUGGUCAGCGGCAGCGACUGUGGCCACAUCUACCUGUGGGACAAGCACUCGGCGCGCGUGGUGCAGUUCAUGAAGGGCGACUCCGGCGGCGUGGUCAACUGUCUGGAGCCGCACCCGCAUCUGCCCGGCCUGGCCACCAGCGGUCUGGACCACGACGUCAAGCUGUGGGCCCCCACCGCCGAGACCCCCACGGCACUCAAGGGCCUCAGAGAGGUGAUGAAGAAGAACAAGCGCGAGCGCGACGAGGACAGCGUGCGGCAGGUGGACCAGUACGACACGCAGCUGCUCUGGUUCCUGAUGAGGCACAUGAGGCACCGGCGGCCGCAGAGGACUCGCCGCGAGGGAGCCGACGCCGACACGGACGAGUCCUGGAGCUCGCCGGACUCCUCGGACGAAGAGGAGGGAGGUCCGGACCACGUCCAGUGCAUGUCCUCCUGAACACACACGUGCAGUCACAUGACCACUGGGGGGCCCUUCCGACACACACACAGCUGUCAAUCACCAGCACAUACACGCCUCCCCAAAUCCUGACUCAGAUCUGGGUCUGUUCCUCCCUCGCGCCCGAGCGAGGACCACAUCAACACAUGCUGCCCGAAACCCCCCCCCAAACUCCGUGCACUUUGAUUCAGGGACGAUCGAAGAUUCAUGCACUCGCGCUCCCUCUAGUGGGAGAGCGUCAGUCACGUGUCCAGCAGCUGCAGAGAAAAGUCGGAAAUCAUCAUUUGAGCUUGAAAAGCACGUCGCAUCCUAAACAAGGAAGUUGCAAUACUCGGUCUGGACUGCAGGAGGCGGCAGAAACAACUAGGAAAGAUCAUUGAACAAUAAGUGACGAGAGUCUCGAUUAAAAACCAACAUGUUUACGAAAUAUUCCGGAGUAAAUUGUUUAUUUUUUUUCUUCAUUUUUUUUAAUAAUUAAAAAAAAUGCAUUCCAAAAUUUACAAUUGAACCGAGUUCUAAAUAUAUAUUU